GAACGGAAGCACAGUGUCCGCCGCUUCCUGGUUGCUGGUCAGCGCCGAGGGCCUGGGCUGGCAGCCGGGAUGUUGCCCUACACAGUGAACUUCAAGGUGUCGGCGCGCACCCUCACGGGGGCCCUCAACGCCCACAACAAGGCGGCGGUGGACUGGGGCUGGCAAGGUUUAAUUGCUUAUGGAUGUCAUUCACUUGUGGUAGUGAUUGAUUCCAUUACUGCCCAAACUCUUCAAGUUUUAGAAAAGCAUAAAGCUGAUGUUGUCAAGGUUAAAUGGGCCAGGGAAAACUAUCACCAUAACAUUGGCUCACCAUAUUGCUUGCGCUUAGCUUCUGCUGAUGUCAAUGGGAAGAUCAUCGUCUGGGAUGUAGCAGCAGGAGUAGCUCAGUGUGAGAUCCAAGAGCAUGCCAAGCCUAUCCAGGAUGUUCAGUGGUUGUGGAAUCAAGAUGCUUCCCGCGAUUUACUGCUUGCUAUCCACCCGCCAAAUUACAUUGUGCUCUGGAAUGCUGACACUGGCACCAAACUAUGGAAGAAGAGCUACGCAGAUAACAUUCUUUCUUUUUCUUUUGACCCUUUUGAUCCCUCACAUUUAACUUUGCUCACCAGCGAGGGUAUUGUUUUCAUCUCAGACUUCUCCCCAUCCAAGCCUCCCUCAGGCCCUGGGAAAAAAGUUUACAUAUCCAGCCCACACUCUAGCCCAGCUCAUAACAAGCUGGCCACAGCCACAAGUGCCAAGAAAGCUCUAAAUAAAGUAAAAAUUUUAAUCACUCAAGAGAAACCUAGUGCUGAAUUCGUAACUCUCAAUGAUUGCCUUCAGUUGGCAUACCUGCCUUCAAAAAGGAAUCACAUGUUGUUGCUCUAUCCUCGAGAGAUUUUAAUCCUUGACCUCGAGGUGAAUCAGACGGUGGGUGUGAUUGCAAUAGAACGCACAGGAGUUCCAUUUUUACAGGUAAUACCCUGCUUUCAGCGUGAUGGUUUAUUUUGUCUACAUGAAAAUGGUUGUAUAACUUUACGUGUUCGAAGAUCUUAUAAUAACAUUUUUACCACUUCAAAUGAGGAACCAGAUCCAGAUCCAGUUCAGGAGCUUACCUAUGAUUUACGAAGCCAGUGUGAUGCAAUCAGGGUGACAAAAACCGUCCGUCCCUUCAGUAUGGUGUGCUGUCCUGUCAAUGAGAAUGCAGCCGCCCUCAUAGUGAGUGAUGGAAGGGUCAUGAUAUGGGAACUCAAGUCUGCAGUUUGUAAUCGAAAUUCACGGAACAGUAGUUCUGGUGUGUCACCUUUAUAUUCACCAGUGUCUUUCUGUGGAAUUCCUGUAGGAGUGCUACAGAAUAAACUCCCAGACCUUUCCUUAGAUAACAUGAUUGGGCAAAGUGCAAUUGCUGGGGAAGAACAUCCCAGAGGUUCAAUUCUGCGGGAAGUGCACCUCAAGUUCCUGCUGACGGGACUGCUUUCAGGACUGCCUGCACCACAGUUUGCUAUUCGUAUGUGUCCACCGUUGACCACAAAAAACAUCAAGAUGUAUCAGCCACUGCUGGCUGUUGGUACAGGUAACGGUUCUGUCCUAGUGUACCAUCUCACCAGUGGUCUGCUACACAAGGAGUUAAGCAUCCACUCAUGUGAAGUCAAGGGUAUUGAAUGGACAAGCUUGACUAGUUUUCUUUCUUUUGCUACCUCAACACCAAACAAUAUGGGAUUAGUGAGAAAUGAACUUCAACUGGUUGAUCUUCCAACAGGUAGGAGCAUUGCUUUUCGUGGUGAAAGAGGCAAUGAUGAAUCUCCCAUCGAAAUGAUUAAAGUAUCUCAUUUGAAGCAGUAUUUGGCAGUCGUAUUCAGAGAUAAACCCCUGGAGCUAUGGGAUGUUAGGACUUGUACCCUUCUUAGAGAAAUGUCCAAAAACUUCCCUACAAUAACUGCUUUGGAGUGGUCACCAUCUCACAACUUGAAGAGCCUGAGAAAGAAGCAACUUGCUACUCGAGAGGCCAUGGCCCGCCAGACCGUAGUCUCAGACACAGAGCUGAGUAUUGUUGAAUCAUCUGUGAUCAGCUUGCUGCAGGAGGCAGAAAGUAAAUCUGAACUUAGUCAGAACAUCUCUGCCCGGGAACAUUUUGUAUUUACCGAUAGUGAUGGCCAAGUUUAUCAUCUCACUGUUGAAGGAAACUCAGUAAAAGAUAGUGCUCGGAUUCCACCAGAUGGAAGUAUGGGUAGUAUUACCUGCAUCGCUUGGAAAGGUGAUACAUUAGUGCUUGGAGAUGUGGAUGGAAAUUUAAACUUCUGGGACUUGAAAGGCAGAGUAUCCAGAGGAAUACCUACACACCGAAGUUGGGUGAGGAAGAUUCGUUUUGCUCCUGGUAAAGGAAAUCAAAAAUUAAUAGCAAUGUACAAUGAUGGAGCUGAAGUGUGGGAUACUAAAGAGGUUCAGAUGGUGAGCAGUUUAAGAAGUGGCAGAAAUGUGACCUUUCGUAUAUUGGAUGUGGACUGGUGUACAUCAGAUAAAGUGAUCUUGGCCUCAGAUGAUGGGUGCAUCAGAGUCCUAGAGAUGUCUAUGAAGUCUGCGUGCUUUAGAAUGGAUGAACAAGAGUUAACCGAGCCUGUGUGGUGCCCCUAUCUCCUUGUUCCAAGGGCCUCUCUUGUCUUGAAAGCCUUCUUAUUACACCAGCCUUGGAAUGGACAGUAUUCUUUGGACAUUUCUCAUGUUGACUAUCCAGAAAAUGAAGAAAUAAAGAAUCUCCUCCAAGAACAGUUGAAUUCAUUGUCUAAUGACAUAAAGAAACUGUUGCUUGAUCCAGAAUUCACUCUCUUGCAGAGGUGCCUGCUUGUUUCAAGGCUCUAUGGUGAUGAAUCGGAGCUGCACUUCUGGACUGUCGCUGCCCACUACCUGCACAGCUUAUCCCAGGAAAAGUCAGCCAGCACAAUAGCUCCUAAAGAAGCUGUUCCUCGAGACAAACUGAGCAACCCACUGGAUAUAUGCUAUGAUGUGCUCUGCGAAAAUGCCUACUUUCAGAAAUUUCAGCUAGAAAGGGUUAAUCUACAGGAAGUGAAACGGUCAACUUAUGAUCAUACAAGGAAAUGUACAGACCAGCUACUACUCUUGGGUCAAACAGACAGAGCUGUGCAGUUGCUGUUGGAAACAAGUGCAGAUAAUCAGCAUUAUUACUGUGAUUCAUUGAAAGCCUGUUUAGUCACUACUGUCACCUCAUCAGGCCCCUCUCAGAGCACCAUUAAGUUGGUAGCAACGAAUAUGAUUGCCAAUGGCAAAUUGGCAGAGGGCGUUCAGUUGCUCUGCCUGAUAGACAAGGCUGCAGAUGCCUGCCGCUACCUGCAGACAUACGGCGAGUGGAAUCGGGCGGCAUGGCUGGCAAAAGUCCGUUUGAAUCCUGAGGAGUGUGCCGAUGUUUUAAAGCGGUGGGUUGACCACCUUUGUUCUCCACAAGUCAAUCAGAAAUCAAAGGCUCUCCUGGUCCUCCUCUCUCUGGGCUGCUUUUUCAGCGUGGCAGAGAUGCUUCACAGCAUGAGAUACUUUGAUAGAGCGGCCUUAUUUGUGGAAGCUUGCCUCAAGUAUGGAGCAUUUGAAGUCACUGAGGACACAGAGAAACUCAUCACUGCUAUAUAUGCAGAUUAUGCCCGGAGUUUGAAGAACCUCAGUUUUAAGCAGGGAGCAGUUCUCUUUGCUUCAAAAGCCGGAGCAGCUGGCAAAGACUUAUUGAAUGAGCUUGAGUCCCUCAAGGAAGAACCCAUCGAAGAGUGACAGCUUAAUAAAUGCCAGGGAAUCUGACCUGGAAGGCAGAUGGGAGGGGCUGGUCUGGCUGUGGUCACCGUCACAGUCCAGGAUGAAGAGGAAUACGGGGUCCUGUGAGCUGUUUGACCACUGUUCUAAGGCUAUGUGUGCCCAAAAGCACAUGAGCAUCUAUGUGGAGAGUAAGUUUAUAUCCUGUGUUGGUCUCAGAAAGAAUGUGAAUGCUUAAGAUUUUGAAAGUACAUAAUAUUUUAUACUUUUGGAGAGAGCUUUAAGAGUCCCUGGAAAUACUUUUUAAUUUUUUUAACUUAAAAUUCAAGAGACUGAAUCACUUUUCUCAUUGAUUAAAUGUAAAGAUGAUUGAGAAACCUAUAAUAAAUGAAAGUUGUGAGAUGUUGUCUCAAAUAUACGCUGUGCCUGUACUUAUAUACAGUCUUUCAAGAUACAAACAAGGCAGAAACAUUUAAACUAGUAUUAAAGAUAGCUUACCAAAGCAUUUUUUGUUUUCUUACCUUGAAAACACAGAACUGUUAAUUCCUUGGUUUAAGCAGUCGCUAAGUUUUGUAAUUUUAGGCUCAGAGGCUCAUAGGAGGUUUUAAGAUUUAUGUUUAGUCCGAUAGGUGAGGUCUUUGAUAUUUCGAAUUUUAAUUCCUUUUAUGAUACAUCACAGUAACCUCAUUUUUGAAGUCUUUGUACUUUAAUGUUCUCUCUGAUCUAACAGUUGAAGUAUGAGGUGUAACUAUUAUAAAUUAUUGCUGAAAACGUAAAUAUCUGUAGCUUACAAACAUGAUAAAUAAAUUAAAAAUUCCCUCCA